AUCAAGGCAGAAAAGCUCAGCCCCAUAUGCAUUUUUGCUUGAGUUAUUAACCUUUCCUUCCUUCUUCCUCUUUUUUCCCUCCCCCUCCAAGGUCCCCUUCCCUUAAGAAAAAACAUGUGAGCCAGGCUGGAAGUAGAGACUUGACCUCCACCUCACCAGGUGCAGCUGCUGACCAGCACUAAAAAAUAGGAAAUAUUUUUUUAAAAGAAGGUUGGGGAGGGGGGAGUUUCUGUUCCACAAUCACUGCUGUUUCAAUAAAGAGCAACCUGGUUUAUCUGUAAAACCUACUUCCCUUUCUGUGAAUAUGACCGUUUUCAAUAGCAGAGGACCCUGAUAUGUGUGUGUGUGUGUGUGUGUGUGUGUGUGUGUGUGUGGUGGGGGCAAAGGGAUGGAAGGUGACAGAAGGGAGAUGCUAGAGAGAGGAUAGAAGGAAGAGAGACGAGAGGUGGAAAAGAAAGGAAAGGGGGAAGAGAGAAGGCAAAGAGGCAGGUGGGAAAGAAGACUGAAAUUCGAGCUAUUUUUAGCUGAAUGUGAAUGGAGAUUUCAUCAGGCUUGUUGGCUGUGGGGAAACACUGUGUGGGGACAGUCACCUUGCAUGUAACUUCCUGCACAGCGGCCAUAGUGACUAAAUUUUCUGACACUGUCAGAGUUUGGACAACCCUGGCGGCUCCUGGAAGGGCAGCCCAGCAACUGUCACGGGCAAAGCAUCCAAAGCGUGAGCUGUCGAUAGUGACCUGCAUUUGCAGAAAAUCUGAGGGCUUUCUAAUUAACAGGGGAGCUCUAAAUUAGAGGAAAGCUGUUCGACAAGCCCCCCUCAGAUGCGAUAAACUUCUGCACUGGAGGGGCCUGUCCUCCCCUCGUUCUGCACAUGGAGCUCUGAUCCCCACGCCCGGGAUGAGUGCAGAAUAUGCCCCGCAGGGUAUUUGUAAAGAUGAGCCCAGCAGCUACACAUGUACAACUUGCAAACAGCCAUUCACCAGUGCAUGGUUUCUCUUGCAACACGCACAGAACACUCAUGGAUUAAGAAUCUACUUAGAAAGCGAACACGGAAGUCCCCUGACCCCGCGGGUUGGUAUCCCUUCAGGACUAGGUGCAGAAUGUCCUUCCCAGCCACCUCUCCAUGGGAUUCAUAUUGCAGACAAUAACCCCUUUAACCUGCUAAGAAUACCAGGAUCAGUAUCGAGAGAGGCUUCCGGCCUGGCAGAAGGGCGCUUUCCACCCACUCCCCCCCUGUUUAGUCCACCACCGAGACAUCAUUUGGACCCCCAUCGCAUAGAGCGCCUGGGGGCGGAAGAGAUGGCCCUGGCCACCCAUCACCCGAGUGCCUUUGACAGGGUGCUGCGGUUGAAUCCAAUGGCUAUGGAGCCUCCCGCCAUGGAUUUCUCUAGGAGACUUAGAGAGCUGGCAGGGAACACGUCUAGCCCACCGCUGUCCCCAGGCCGGCCGAGCCCUAUGCAAAGGUUACUGCAACCAUUCCAGCCAGGUAGCAAGCCGCCCUUCCUGGCGACGCCCCCCCUCCCUCCUCUGCAAUCCGCCCCUCCUCCCUCCCAGCCCCCGGUCAAGUCCAAGUCAUGUGAGUUCUGCGGCAAGACGUUCAAAUUUCAGAGCAACCUCGUGGUGCACCGGCGCAGCCACACGGGCGAGAAGCCCUACAAGUGCAACCUGUGUGACCACGCGUGCACGCAGGCCAGCAAGCUGAAGCGCCACAUGAAGACGCACAUGCACAAGUCGUCGCCUAUGACGGUCAAGUCCGACGAUGGCCUCUCGACCGCCAGCUCCCCGGAACCCGGCACCAGCGACCUGGUGGGCAGCGCCAGCAGCGCGCUCAAGUCUGUGGUGGCCAAGUUCAAGAGCGAGAACGACCCCAACCUGAUCCCGGAGAAUGGGGACGAGGAGGAAGAGGAGGACGACGAGGAAGAGGAAGAAGAGGAGGAAGAGGAGGAGGAGGAGCUGACGGAGAGCGAGAGGGUGGACUACGGCUUCGGGCUGAGCCUGGAGGCGGCGCGCCACCACGAGAACAGCUCGCGGGGCGCGGUGGUGGGCGUGGGCGACGAGGGCCGCGCCCUGCCUGAUGUCAUGCAGGGCAUGGUGCUCAGCUCCAUGCAGCACUUCAGCGAGGCCUUCCACCAGGUCCUGGGCGAGAAACAUAAGCGCGGCCAUCUGGCCGAGGCUGAGGGCCACAGGGACACUUGCGACGAAGACUCGGUGGCCGGCGAGUCGGACCGCAUAGACGAUGGCACUGUUAACGGCCGCGGCUGCUCCCCGGGCGAGUCGGCCUCGGGGGGCCUGUCCAAAAAGCUGCUGCUGGGCAGCCCCAGCUCGCUGAGCCCCUUCUCCAAGCGCAUCAAGCUCGAGAAGGAGUUCGACUUGCCCCCGGCCGCGAUGCCCAACACGGAGAACGUGUACUCGCAGUGGCUCGCUGGCUAUGCGGCCUCCAGGCAGCUCAAAGAUCCCUUCCUUAGCUUCGGAGACUCCAGACAAUCGCCUUUCGCCUCCUCGUCGGAGCACUCCUCGGAGAACGGGAGCUUGCGCUUCUCCACGCCGCCCGGGGAGCUGGACGGAGGGAUCUCGGGGCGCAGCGGCACGGGAAGUGGAGGGAGCACGCCCCAUAUUAGUGGUCCGGGCCCGGGCAGGCCCAGCUCAAAAGAGGGCAGACGCAGCGACACUUGUGAGUACUGUGGGAAAGUCUUCAAGAACUGUAGCAAUCUCACUGUCCACAGGAGAAGCCACACGGGCGAAAGGCCUUAUAAAUGCGAGCUGUGCAACUAUGCCUGUGCCCAGAGUAGCAAGCUCACCAGGCACAUGAAAACGCAUGGCCAGGUGGGGAAGGACGUUUACAAAUGUGAAAUUUGUAAGAUGCCUUUUAGCGUGUACAGUACCCUGGAGAAACACAUGAAAAAAUGGCACAGUGAUCGAGUGUUGAAUAAUGAUAUAAAAACUGAAUAGAGGUAUAUUAAUACCCCUCCCUCACUCCCACCUGACACUUCCUUUUUUCACCACCCCCCUCCCUCAUCGCCCUCCAGCCCCACUUCCUGUAGGAUUUUUUUCUAGUCCCAUGUGAUUAAACAAACAAACAAACAGAAGUAACGGAAGCUAAGAAUAUGAGAGUGCUUGUCACCAGCACACCUGUUUUUUUUUCUUUUUCUUUUUUCUUUUUCUUUUUUUCCUUUAUGUUCUCACCGUUUGAAUGCAUGAUCUGUAUGGGGCAAUACUAUUGCAUUUUACGCAAACUUUGAGCCUUUCUCUUGUGCAAUAAUUUACAUGUUGUGUAUGUUUUUUUUUUAAACUUAGACAGCAUGUAUGGUAUGUUAUGGCUAUUUUAAAUUGUCCCCGAUUCGUUGCUGAGCAAACAUGUUGCUGUUUCCAGUUCCGUUCUGAGAGAAAAAGAGAGAGAGAGAGAGAAAAAGACCAUGCUGCAUACAUUCUGUAAUACAUAUCAUGUACAGUUUUAUUUUAUAACGUGAGGAGGAAAAACAGUCUUUGGGUUAACCCUCUAUAGACAGAAUAGACAGCACUGAAACAAAAUCUCUAUGAGCUAAAUGUCUGUCUCUAAAGGGUUAAAUGUAUCAAUUGGAGAGGAAAAAAAGGCCUUGAAUUGACGAAUUAACAGAAAAACAAAACAAGUUUAUUCUAUCAUUUGGUUUUAAAAUAUGAGUGCCUUGGAUCUAUUAAAACCACGUUGAUGGUUCUUUCUACUUGUUGUAAACUUGUAGCUUAAUUCAGCAUUGGGUGAGGUAAGAAACCUUAGGACCUAGCAUAUAAUUCUAUAUUGUAUUUCUCACAACAAUGGCUACCUAAAAAUAUGACCCAUUAUGUCCUAGUUAAUCAUCAUUUUCCCUUUAGUUUAAUCUUAUAAGCAAAACUGAUUAUACCAGUAUAAACGCUAUUUUGCUCCUGGUGAGAGCUUAAAAGAAAUGGGCUGUUUGCCCAAAGUUUUAUUUUUUUUAAAUGAUGAUUAAAUUGAAUGUGCAACGUGCAAAAGCCCUGGAAUACAAUUGAAAGCAUUAGUAAGGAAUUCAUUUUAUGAAGAUAAGUUGUUUUAAAUAAUGUCUGUUUAAAAAAAUUCUGGCACCAAAAGAAAUAGAUCCAGAUCUACUUGGUUGUCAAAGGACAAUCAAAUGAUAAACUUUAAGACCUCGUAGACCAUAUUAAAAAGAAGAGACUGACAAUAAGGUUUGACAGAGGGUAACAGGAAAAAAAUAUGUGAUCUUUUAGCACAAUGUGGUACUAUUUGCCAUUUUAAACUAGAACAGGUGUAUAAGCUAAUAUUGAUACAAUGAUGAUUAACUAUGAAUUCUUAAGACUUGUGUUUAAAUGUGACAUUCUUAAAAAAGAAGAGAAAGAAUUUUAAGAGUAGCAGUAUAUAUGUCUGUGCUCCCUAAAAGUUGUACUUCAUUUCUUUUCCAUACACUGUGUGCUAUUUGUGUUAACAUGGAAGAGGAUUCAUUGUUUUUAUUUUAUUUUUUUAAUUUUUUCUUUUUUAUUAAGCUAGCAUCUGCCCCAGUUGGUGUUCAAAUAGCACUUGACUCUGCCUGUAAUAUCUGUAUCUUUUCUCUAAUCAGAGAUACAGAGGUUGAGUAUAAAAUAAACCUGCUCAGAUAGGACAAUUAAGUGCACUGUACAAUUUUCCCAGUUUACAGGUCUAUACUUAAGGGAAAAGUUGCAAGAAUGCUGAAAAAAAAAAUUGAACACAAUCUCAUCGAUGAGCAUUUUUAAAAAAAAAAAACUAAAAAAAACUUUGCCAGCCAUUUACUUGACUAAUGAGCUUACUUACUUGGACUCAACAUUGCAAGCGCUGUGAAUGGAAAACAGAAUACACUUAACAUAGAAAUGAAUGAUUGCUUUCGCUUCUACAGUGCAAGGAUUUUUUUGUACAAAACUUUUUUAAAUAUAAAUGUUAAGAAAAAAAUUUUUUUAAAAAACACUUCAUUAUGUUUAGGGGGGAACUGCAUUUUAGGGUUCCAUUGUCUUGGUGGUGUUACAAGACUUGUUAUCCAUUU